UUUUUGUUCUACAAAAGAUUCCAAAUUGCCCAUAAACCUAUAUAUAUUAAUAUAGUGCGUAAGCCAUUGGAUAGACUUGUUUCCUAUUAUUAUUUUUUACGUUACGGUGAUAACUAUCGUCCAAAUUUAGUACGCAAAAAGGCGGGUAAUAAAAUUACAUUCGAUGAAUGUGUAGAAUUACAACAAGCAGACUGUGAUCCCAAAAAUAUGUGGCUACAAAUACCCUUCUUUUGUGGUCAUGCCGCAGAAUGUUGGGAACCCGGCAGUCAAUGGGCAUUAGAUAGAGCUAAAGAGAAUUUAGUUAAUGAAUACUUUCUAGUGGGUGUUACCGAACAAAUGGAAGAUUUUGUAGAUUUAUUGGAAAAAUCAUUGCCACGCAUGUUUCAAGGUUUUACAGAAUACUAUCGUCAUUCUAAUAAAUCUCAUUUAAGACAUACAACUUUUAAAAUUCUACCCAAAGAAGAAACUGUAGCCACUAUAAUGCAAUCAAAAGUAUGGCAAAUGGAAACAGAAUUGUAUAAUUUUGCUUUGGCACAAUUUGAUUUUAAUAAACGUAAACUAGUGCAGCCGGAUAAGAAACAAAUACAAAAGUUUAUGUAUGAAAAAAUUAAACCAAAAUAAGUUAAAACUUUAAAAAAAAAAAGAAACAAAGACAAACAGACUUGUAAAUAGUAUUGUUUUUUCCUAAUAAUUGUACUUAAUUUAUGUUUUUGUUUUAAACACAA